AUGGACAUCGGCUCCACCGAAGCCCCCACGUACAUGUUCCGUGACCUUCCCAAGGGUACCAUUCUCAAUGCAGAACAGAUGGCCGCAAUCGGUUACGGGUCGCCAGAGCUCAAAGUGGCAUACAAAAAGCAAAAGGAACCCAAGAACUUCUACCCCGCCCCGCCACAUGUGUACUGCGCUGGAUGCCUCGAUAAGCAACGCGUGUGCUGGAUGACCGGGCUCAAGGUUGCCGAGCGCGGCGGUUUCUUUAACACGACGAGCUGCCACGGCUACACAUCCAAGGGCGAGAGGUGCGAGGGCGAUAUUCGAAACAAGCUUGUUUAUCUCGCCUUUGUUGAUGAGAACACUGCGGUGACGGUCACCAGGGGGAACAGUCAGAUUGUUGUUACGUUCUCGAACCAGUCGGACGCCGCGAGCGCAAGCAACCAGCCUCAGCAGCCCCAGGUCGAGCUGAGCGCCGAGAGGACGGCAGCGGAUCCUCAGGAGACCACCCAGGCCUCCGCCGUCUCUGAUGCCGGUCUCGACGUCCGCGCCGACAGCCCGGCGGGCGACAUCACCAUGCUCAGCGCCGCUGAGGGCGACGAACACGCCGCCGAGCGUGCCGCUUGGCAGGCGAGGGAGGCAGAGCUGGUACAGCAGUGCCACGAGCUCACCCGCCGCAUGGCAGCGGUGGGAUCUGCCCUAGUGGCCAAGGACCGCGAGCUCGCCACGGCGCGGGCUGAGCUCGAUGACGAACGCCAGCGGUACGCCGAGGAGAAGGACGCUUGGGAGGCCGACGCGCUGCUCGACAACAAGGUAGAGGACCGCGCCGCGCUCCUCGAGCUCAUGGCCUCCAUGCGCCGGAACCUGGGGGCGAUGCGCGCUGCUGUCGGGCUGUCGAACGCCGCCAAUGAACCCGCCUGGCGCCAGACAGACGGCCAGAUCCGCUUCAACACCCAGACGCACCGCGACAGGAUGCACGAGCUUGAGCGCGAAAAGUGGCAAGCCGAGCGCUCGCAGCACUUCGCCAACGCUGUUACGUGGGCCACUGAGCGCGCGCAGCUCAAGGUCACCAUUGGCGACUUGAGGAAGGAGCAGGAGCUGCACAACCAGGACAAGGUCGCCUGGCGCGCUGAGCGGAAGAGGUACGCGGCCAGCGAGGCUGCGUGGAACGCCGAGCGGCAGCAGCUCCACGACGAGGGGCACGCCGAGCACCAGCGCUACGCCUCCAACGAGGCUGCGUGGAGCGCCGAACGACAACGGUUCGCGGAGGACAAGGCUUCCUGGGACGCCGAGCGGCGGACGCACGCGAAUGACAAGGCGUCGUGGGUUGCCGAACGGCAGAGCACGCCCAGCAGAGGAUCCAAGACAUCCGCCACGCUCAGCGCGGAGGUCGAACGGCACGCCACCACCGCCGCCGAGCUCGACGACAAGAAGAAGCAGCUCGCCGAGCUAUCCGCCACGCUGGAUGACGAGCGCGCCCAGCACGCAAGCGAAGAGGCGGCAUGGAGCGCCGAGCGCGUUCAGCACAGUGUGGUCGAGGCCUCCUGGGAGGCUGAGCGGGAGAAGCACGUCCAGGAGCGCGCCACGUGGGUGACCGAGCGGGCUCAACACGCCAAGAAGGAGGCUGCGUGGACCGCGGAACGAGGCAAUAUGACCGCGAAGUGGAACGACGCCGUCCAAAAGGAGCACGCCAAUGUCGCGAUGUGGCUUGCCGAGCGGGCGGGAUACCAGCGCCGCAUCGCCGAGCUGGAGGCCUGCGGGGCGGUACAGGACAACGAGACGCUCUUGGGCUUGCUCGACGUCGCGGACCGCGCGCUGGUCGGCGUACGUGCUGCUGUUGGCCCGGCGGCGGCGACCCCACGUCCCCUGUAA